UGCGCAUCUUCAUAGUUUCAGCGUUGCUUCUCCUGUUUGUACUCGGUGUUGUGUCAGAAAAGUACACCGUUCUAGUGAAGCGUGUCAAUGGUACCGAUAGUAACCAAACUAUAACGGUGAACACGAAGAAAGGAACAAUUGAGAUCGAUGAUCCGACACAAGACAUGUAUGUCUUCAAAGAUUUCAAAAUGGGCUUUUCGGUGGUCCGAACACACAUCGGUGAAAAAUACGGGUGCUUUCUGAACCCUAUGAGAGGCAAUGAGAUGACCCCUCAAGCCCUGGAAAGUUACCUGGAGUCUCAACCAGAUGGUGAGUUAUCUGUAGAGCCACCUGAUGAUGACGCAGACGACCCUAAGAUGAUGCCAGCUGAAAGAUCUGUCAAGAACAAACGCCUCUUGCCCAAAUCUGCGCGCAAGGCGUGUGAUAAAUUACCCAUUUAUUGGAUGGUUCCAGUUUCUGAUGAUGAAUUACUGAAUGAGGAUGAGGCAGAUGACAAGUACGGAAGAGGAUGUAGAUUCGGAUGCUGGAUCCGAUGGACGGGCUGGGGAAGAUACUGGUACUGUGGAAUAACUUGUAGCUGGGGAAGAAAAUAAACAUCAUGAUCAGCUGUAUAGUUAGAUUGAGAAACCAGUUGAUAUUACAGCCUAUUUUAUAACAGAAAGUUCUCCAACCUCCUCACUUUCCAACGUCCAAAAUAUAUUGUUAGGAACUAAAACCAACAAAGCCAAUUUAAAAAUCAUGAAUGAAAAUUAAAAAUGUUAUUUGUAUAUGAAAAUUAGAUAGACAAAAAUAGAGAUACACAUAAAUCUGAAGAAA